UUCACCUCAUCAUCAAUGAGAGGCUUGACCAUCUCACCCUCCAUCCCUAAGAACCUCCUGGAACCUCUUAACAUUGAGAUUGACCCCAGCUUCCAAGAAGCUCGAGUUCAGGAGAAGGAAGAGAUCAAGACUCUUAACAAUCGCUUUGUGAACCUCAUUGAGAAGGUGCGUCUGCUGGAGUCUCAGAACAAGAUGCUGGAGACCAAGUGGAGCCUGCUGCAGGAGCAAAAGACCUCACAAACUAGCACUGAACCCAUGUACCAGGCCUAUUUGGCCAACCUGCGACGUCAGCUCGAUGGCAUCAUCCGGGAAAAGAGCAACCUUGAAACAGAGCUAAAGAAGGCACAGGAUCAGGUGGAAGAAACUAAGCAGAAAUAUGAAGAUGAAGUAAACAAGCGCACGACUCUUGAGAACGAUUUUGUGGUAAUUAAGAAGGAUGUCGAUGCCUCCUACACCGUGAAGAUGGAAUUUGACGAUAAGCUUCAAAUAUUGAGCGAUGAACUGGAGUUCCUGAGAGCUGUAUAUGAGGAGGAACUGAAGGAGGUGCAGACUCAGGUGAAGAAUGUCUCUGUGGUGGUAGAAAUGAACAAUGGCCGUGAUUUAGAUGUGGAGUCCAUUGUGGCUGAAGUCAAGGCACAGUAUGAAACUGUUGCUGCAAAGGGCCGUGAAGAAGUGGAGUCUUGGUACAAAGGCAAGUUCAACGAACUCUCAGCCACGGCAGGUCGUUAUGAAGAUGAUGUCCGAACUGCCAAGGCAGAGAUCUCAGAAGUCACGAGAAAUAUUAACAGAUACAACGCUGAAAUUGAGAAUCUCAAAAACCAGCGUGCCAGUCUAGAGACCCAGAUUGCAGAAGCGGAGGAGCGUGGUGAGCUUGCAGUAAAUGAUGCUAAAUCCCGUAUCUCCGAUCUCGAGAUCGCUCUGGGUAAUGCUAAGCAGGACAUGGCUCGACAGGUGCGGGAGUAUCAAGAACUCAUGAAUGUCAAGCUGGCUUUGGAUAUUGAGAUCGCCACCUACAGGAAGCUGUUGGAAGGAGAAGAGAGCAGGAUUGGAUCAGCUCAAGCAGUAACUAUUCGCAGCAGCUCAUCUGGAGGCUCUUCCCAAGCCUAUGGUGCAUCAGGUGGUUUCUCCAGUGGUGUGUCCAGUGGUUUCUCCAGCGGUUUCUCCAGUGGUGUGUCCAACGGCUACUCCAGCGGUUUGUCCAGUGGCUUCUCUGGUGGCAGGUCAUCCAGCUCCUCCGUAGUGAUGAACAAAGCAUCAUUCUCCAGAGCAUAUUAGAAGCAACCUUGUGAAAGUCUCUUCAGAAUGUGUCAUAAGUCUGUUUUAGCCAUUGAGAUAUCCAUUUAUUCAGUUCUACUGGCAAAACAAAAAAUACAGUGCAUGACAACUUGCUGUUUUUGACCCUUUACUGGUGCAUAAGUAUACACUAAAAAACAGGAAUUCUACCGUGACAUCUUUGGAAAUACUUUUAUUCUCACGAUAAUCUCUAAUAUACAUUAUUCUCAUUUG